AUGACCGGAACUACGACCACGCCGAGUGCCACAACAGCCACGCCAACUACCACUUGCGCAGGGCAGAUAGUGAGCCCGCCUACGGAUGUCGUAUUACCGGGAUGUAACCUGCUUGCGGAUGCCUACAACGUGACGACAGGUGAUCUACGUGCAGUCACUGGAAACGAGAUGUGCGAGUUCAACUCUUCCAUCUGCCUUCCAUUGCCGUGUCCCAUCGACGUCGUCUACGGCUUUCUGACCUGUGCCGAUCUGGCCACAAAGUAUAGCACCUCGAAUAAUCAAGUCACCCUGACCCAAUUCUUAGGCUGGAACAAGUGGAUCUUGGGCGACCGUAGCUCUCUGGCGUCCAGCCAGAGGAUUUGCAUUGGGUCUCCAGGUGGCUCGUAUGUUCCCGACUCCACCAUAGUGGCGCCAACAGGUACCGGCUCAUAUUUUACUGCGGCUACGCCAGCGCUGCCCACCCAGACUGGGACAGUAGCAGCACGUGGCCGGUAUUACGAUGUUGUCUCUGGCGACACCUGUAAUCAGAUCGCACUCGUGUAUGGCCAGCUUAACUCUUACCUGGACGAUGACUGCAAGAAUUUGUGGCUCUCUACUUCGGUCUGUGUCGCACCUGUGACCGUGGGCCCACCAUCUACCGACGGGACAUGUGGCCCAAGCUACAGUGGAACGACUUGCAACGGGACAUUGUUCGGCGAUUGCUGCUCGACGUCAGGAUAUUGCGGUUCUAGUGAAGCGUACUGUGGCUUUGGCAAUUGCGUUUCUGGUGCUUGCGAGACUGAUCAGUCCAUCGUAUCACAAGACGGAAGCUGUGGUCCCGACCACGACGACCUCAUUUGCGUUGGCUCCGGUUUUGGCGAUUGCUGCUCGAUAUACGGAUACUGUGGUUCAGGCUCAUCAUACUGCGGCGCCGGUCUAUGCUACUCUGGCGAGUGUGAGGCUGACAUCGGAGGCCCAUCGGUCGAUGGUUCUUGCGGACCUAACUUCAAUGGAAACAAGACAUGCACAGGAACUCAGUUUGGUUCCUGUUGUAGCACUUCUGGCUAUUGUGGCUCGACUGCAGAGUACUGUCAAGGAUGGGAGGCAACAGGUCGCCAAUUUGAGGAUGGUCAAUUUCAGCCAUUCUGGGCCGCUUGGGAGGCAAUUCACGAUCAACUGGAAGCUAUUCUGUAUACCGACACUAUCGCCUUUUACAAGUCAGCACUAAUUCCAAAUACCCAACCCGACGUGGACGAUGACUACCAGUACUUCUUCUACUUCUGCUCGGGUCUGGCAAAUCCCAAUGCCGAGUUCAAUUGGGAUGCAACUCGGGCAUUGAACAACAACCAGGGAGGCCGAUACAUUGUCUUGUAUUCUCUAUCGUAUCUGGAGAGUGGCCAUCGUGUCGGUGUGCUCCUGGAUCAAGAGACCGGAAACGCGAUCAUGCAACCGAAUCUGUUCAGCUAUGACUCUAGGAGUCCUGGGCUUCCUUGGAGACCAUUAGAAGACGUACUCCAGAGCUUCAUCGAUAUGAUCAAUGUCAACAAAUUCGUAGCGGGGAGAUACAAGUCUGACAAUACCAUACCGCCAUUGGGGAUGGCCAGUCCGCAGUACCCAUGGAAACUCUUAUCAUUCAGCACAGAGAUCGUGGAUCUGACGCUGGACGCAUAUCGAGGCCUCGUCAAAGCCAUCGAGGAUCGGAUGCCGCCUGAGGAGGAAGAUCAAGCACACUUGGCGCAACCUUUGGCGACGAAUGCGACUCUGGACCAAGGCAAAUUUCCAUCGAAGUGCUUUGUACGAACAUUCUUGACGAGUGCACAACAUCCGCGCAGAGUCCGAUACAUUGCUCCAGGUGUGACACUUCCAACAGAAGAGACAUUGCUUAACCAACCAUUCAAGGAAUUCGCCAGACAGCAUCGACAUGCAAGCCCAAGCUAUGGCAUGCCUGUCGCCGACGAUGAAGAUCCAUUGUAUCCACCAUACCUUCUCUUCCCAGCAGAGAGGGAUGGGCAACAGGUUCGCACUAUAUUGCUUACAGGAGAAGAAGUUGAGCCGACAUUCGAGCAUCCUUUCUCUUCAUUACAAGAUCUGCCAUCUGGUGUAUACCUCGAUGCGACGCGGCCGUGGAGUGGAACAGCACACGAGGAUGCGAGUCUGCUUCUCCUGCCUUACGAUGUCGGUGGUGCUGAUGGGUAUGCUCAAUACAACGACCAAGUGAUGUUUGAGUCUCCUUCAAAGACAGAUCUGUACCAGACCAGUGUCAAUCCUUUCACCCUGGGCCACAGGACACAGCUACACCUGAUUCUAGACAGCUGGAGACGCAUGAUAGAGCAGGGCCAUUGGGAGGUGGACAGCGAUGGUGACACCGGCGGCAUAGACAAGUUUCGGGAGGUCGAUCAGAGCGCGGACAUUGCCAGGAGGUACACCGCAGAUCUGCAUUGGUGA